AUGUAUAGCAAUGUUGUUCCGUUAACGACCGUUAGUACCGCACAAGUAUUACCUGGUACUGUUCUACAAACAGCUGGUAAUAUUUUACCUACAACAACAGUUGGAAAUAACGAUUUAGUUAUCAUACAAGAUUCAUCAAAUCAAGCUGAAUUAAUCAAUCAACUACAAAAUCAUAUAAAUGAAAAUCAACAAAUUUUGAUUAUUACAGAUGAUCAAGGGCAAGAUCAAUAUAUUAUCAUUGAUAAAGAUCAAGAUAUCAAUGCACUUUUACAAGACGGUUCUCUAUUCAAUCAUUAUACGGAACAACAACAAAUGGCUCAGAUUUCUGCAGGUUUACAACAACAAAUUUUACAAAUCGCAUCAAUGCCAACAAUUCAAACAACGCAUACUUCGUCUGUUGUUUCAACACCUGUACCAAUACAGCCGAAACCAACACCGAAACCUAUUGCACCUGCUACAAUGAAUCCAUCAAUUAUACCACAUAAACAAUCAUUUCAAAGCAAAGUUAAUGCCAAUGCAUUUCAUGUUCAAAAUGUUGAAGAAUCAAUUCAACGUGUUACAGUUCCACCACCAAAACGAAAACCAAUUGAAAUUCAUUAUGAUCCAAAAGAGAAGUCAUUUCAUAAUGCAUUUCUUAAAUUUCUUGCCGGAGAAAAAGUUCCAUCAUUAGAAUCGAUAGCAAAUGAACCGAUUGUUCGUAAACCAAAAGAUAAUAUAUAUAUUGGUGCUGUCAAUGCUGGUAUUAUUCUUAAUAAUCUUGGACAACAAACUGGUUCAAUGGGUUAUCAAACCUAUAUGCUCAAUGAUGAAUCACGCAUGGAAGAAAUCAUGGUUAUUGGACGACCAGUAUAUGAUGAUAGUAAAGGCGUUAAAAUAAAUCCAUUAUUAAAAAAUAUUCCAACGAAUGUAAAUAAUAAUCAAACAGGAAAUUUUCUACCACAAACAAUAACGUUAACAGCAAAUGCACAACAACAAAAAGGUAAUCAACAACAAUAUAUCAAUACAUUGAAUGAUUUAUUUCGUAAUGCACAAACUGUACCAAAUGUUCUUAAUAACUCCACAACAAUUACAUUACCUCAAGACAUACUUAAUCAAUUAAAUGCUGGUACACUUACAUUAACACAAACAUCCAAUGGAACUGAGGCUAUUGAAUCAGCGACUGCAUCAGCAGCGGCAAUACUUAGUCAAUUGAAUGAAAUGGUACAGGAACAACAGCAAAAUAAUCAAAAUUCAAUGAAUUAUAUUUCGAAUGAACUACUUUCUACAACGGAUCAAAAUAGAAUGCAAGUUGAAAAGGAAUCAACAGAUGCACUGUUAGUUGCAGCUUUGUCUAAAUCAAAUUUUGCUACAAAUAAAUCUCACGAACAUCAUCACUCAUCACAGAAAAGAAAUCAACAGAAUAAUUCAAAUUCAUCAUCAACAACUGGUGGAUUAUACGAAAUGAAACAUGAUCAAUUACAAUUAAACAACAAUUCUCUUCAACAACAAGUAGCUGCUGAAUAUUCUCAAUCAACAACAACUACUGAUAAACAACAACAGGAAGCAUCAACUUCGACAGCAAUGGAUCAAUCAACAAAUACUCAAAGUCAACAGUUUUCAGAAGAAGAAAUGGGACCUGAAAUUCCAUUUGAACUUGGUCAAUUUCUAUUGUAUAAAGGACAUUUCCUUAAUUUACUUCAUUUUCCAAUAUGGAAAGUACAUACAAAAACACUUUUACUUAAAUAUGAUACUGUACUUGCUGAUUCUGAAAUAGCAUGGGAAGCUACAGAUGAAGGAAUGCUUUAUACAAAUGUGUAUGAAGAUUAUAUUCCACUUAAAUGUGAACUUAAAGGCUUACAUAAUAAUCAAGAAGUUGUUCGUAUUGCUAAUGAAUCACAUCCAAUUAAACUUAAAAUUCAUGGUCAUAUGAGUUCAGUACGUAUUCAACAUGAUGUUUAUGCACAAGUACUUGUUAAUCAUGUCUAUGAUGCCGAUGUAUUACCAAGAAUUAAAGCCAAUACAGACGAAUAUGCAACAUAUAUUCGAUUGAUUGAUGAAAUUCUUGAACAACGUUAUAAUUAUGUUAUUCAAUCACGACGUACAAUAGAAACUUUUCCUUGUGCAGUUGCAAAAUAUCCGUUACUUGAUAUUAUAACUCAACCACAACGACAAUUACAUUGUCAAGUUACAGAAGAUAAAACACAAUCGGUUUCACAUACAUUACGUUUUCAUGGAAACCAAUACGAUGUUGAUACAUUAAAAGCAAGUGAAACACCAUUACAAAUACUAGAAAUAUUUGUCUGUGAAAAUAUUGCUAUUUUAGCACAAACAGCUCAUCAACUUAAGCAUCAUGUUUAUCAUAUGUUUUGUCAUGCACAACAAAAAGUCGCUGAAUUACAAGCACUAAAUCCAACAGCCGACGCAACCGAAUUAAUUAGUGCAAUAUGUGGUGAUUCAGCAUGGUUACAAGAAUUGUUUGAUCGGUUUGAUUCGAUAAUGCAACAAGCCGACACAUACAUUUUUUCGAAUGUCGAUAUAGCUUGUGAUCCUCAAAGUUUAUGUGAUGAAUGUGAUGAUGAUGAUAUACAAGAUUUUGAUUCCGAUGAUGAUGAACGUAAUGCUAAAUGCCAUAAAAAUCAAAAAGAAAAUCAUCCAGUAAGAGCUGAUCAUUUGUGGGCCUAUUUACUUGAUGAUGAAAGCGUUCCUAACUUAAAAAAACUUGUUCAAUUCGUAUUUUAUAUUCCUGCUUCAAAUGCAUUUUGUGAAACAAUCUUUAGUCAUAUGAAAUAUUUAUGGAAUGACAGUAGAAACCGAAUGAACCAUGUUUCUACUUUGUAUUUGUAUGCAGCGGCGUAA